ACCUCCAUUACUUAGAAAAAACUAUUGGUGAUAUAAGCCUAUCUCGGAUCAUGUGUAGUACAUUAUAUGCUAUCGUAGCAUCAGUUGACUUAUGAAUUUUCGGUCAUUAUGAGAAUGUGUUUUGUUGCGUCCAACUUUAUGAAAUGGAAGGGCUUGUUAGCUCCCGCAACGUCACGACUAACGAAAUGAGAGAUAAUUUAAUAUUUGUUUUAACUGUUUAUAUACCGUUGGACUUGGUGAUCAUUUGUGGAAACGCGUUUGUUCUUAUUGUCAUUCGCCGAACUCCAAGCUUGCAUGAGCCUCAGUUUACUUUACUCGCUAGCUUAGCGUCAGUUGACCUACUUACGGGAAUCAUCGGUGUGCCAACCUUUAUGUGGGCAUGCAUUCUACGGGGAUCCCUCUAUAUACAGAACAUCGAUGACUGCGAGAUACAGUACAUUCCUAUGAAAAUCUUCAUGUGUACGUCGUUUCUCCACCUUCUCCUUGUUACCACGGACCGGUAUGUUUCUAUCGUAAAACCUUUACGAUAUGGACAGGUUGUUACUCAAAACCGAGUUUAUUAUGCUAUAACUAUUUCCUGGAUUACAGCCUGUGUACUUGCUAGCGUCCAAUUGUUCUGGAAAAGCGAACGAAUUGAGGAAACAUUUUUUUGCUACCGGAUGAAUAGACGAGGUAUUCUAGUUCAACAAUACGUGGUUUUGAUUACGGGUUUUACGUGUGUGAUUUUAAUUAUAAUAAUGUAUUUCCGAAUUCAUAUGGAAGCAAGAAAGCAGAUAAAGUUUGUAUGUGCUCAGAAUACCGUUGGUAAAAAACAAACUACUCAAAAGAAUUUUAAAGCGGCUAAAACUAGCGCAUUGAUGGUCGGCUUAUUCGGUGCUGCCUACUUACCCCAUUCUCUAAGAGUUGUUCUCUUUGCGCUUGGUUUUCAACGUUCUGAUGUAUACUGGUACGAGUUGAUGCAGGAGGUUCUGUUUUGUAUGAGUUCGGCGUUCAAUCCGUUCAUCUACGUGUUCCGUCAUAGAAAAUUCGCAUCUGCUCUACGUCGUCUAUUCCGUAAACGAAAUAACAGCAGUAGGGGUAACAGCAGCAACAACAUCCACAAAGAGUUCUCAUUAAAUUCAUAAACAGUCAUUAGUUGAAGAUCUCUUCAAAAGUAUCGAAACAUUUUCAUCCACACAACAGCAGUCAUUGUCUCUUUAUUGUGGCUGAAAUGUAACUUGGGUUAAGAUUAGGCCCUAAAUAAUUUUAAAUAUCACUGUAUAUUUUAUUUUUUUAAAUUAAAUUAUCUUUUUUAGUAUGUGGUUUUACAGUUUUAUUGUGAACGCACCGCAUGGCGUUGCCACUGAUUCCAAAUUGUAGUUUUCAAUUAUUAUUACUAGCCGACGAAUGGUAGGCCUAUCUUUCUGUGAGCGAUUGACGACUGUGGCAAUCUGAGCGGAACGUCAUUAAAAACUACCGGUAUCGGUAUCAGUUUUGCACUCGCUUCGUUGCGUUACGCAGGGGCGGAUCUGGGUAAAAAUGGAGGGGGAGGGGUCAAAAAGUUUUUAAAAAACCCUCCAAAAAAUAACGGGGGGUCGGAAGGUCCUCCCCGGAAAAAUGUUGAUUUCUAGAUGGAGUGAAAUGAGCUUUACCGACUUCUGAGGUGUCUUUUAAUGACUUUUAAGUUUUUCAAAAUUCAAGGUUCCACUUUUGAAAACGGCCAGGUAAACUUUCUUUACAGUAAAUAGGCCUAUAUGUGUGUAUAUAUACAUAAAAAAUUGAGUAGUUACACACGUAUUCUUUUUUUAAUUAAUCGAUGAUUACCCCAACCCCCCCAAAAAAGUGUAGGAAUUUUAUAUUGCCCACGAGGAGGGGGAGUCAUGACCCCUGACCCCUCAGAUCUGCAGUUUUAACAAUGUUUGUAGUAAAACGCAUGUAAACCAUUUUUCUGUCUGAACUUAUUGGUAGAUUUGAUAACUUUAAUUACUCAAACUAAAAAAAUGUACAGUAUUCAAUCAAUUUAGCAUGAAAUUCAGAUGAUAAAUUUGGCCUGAGUGUUUGAAAUUUAAUUUGGGCUGGGUUUAAAAGGUUGCGGAGGAGGUUGUAAACAUCUCGUUUAUCGUGUGUAUUGCCACAUAUUUCAUACCGUAAUGGUCAUGUGUCUCAAUAAUGUUCACCCACUGUAAUAUUCGUAACAAAAAUCACUACAAAGCAUUAUUGUACAGUAUCUAACAAUUAAAGUCAUAGCGUCAUUAAUUUGAUAUACAAGCUUAAGAUAUGCUAACUAAUUAUGCCUACAAUUCUCUCAAACAACCUGUUAAAUAAAAUCUGUGUGUGGUCCAACUUCAAACCGAAGCACGCUAAUACUAUCAGCAAAUUAUCAUCACAUAUUUAAAACUUAUUUGAUGUCGUCAAUGAAGGCACAUGUCGCAAGCGACAGGAAAGAUUUUUUAAAAUUUAUUUUUGCUGUCAGCAAGUUAAGUUAUCAUGUUUUAAUGUCUUUUAAAGUUGUUAUCUACGUUUACUAUGUUGUAAGUUGAAAACAAAAUUGUCUUUACAUUUCCAUUAUGAAUCAAAUUAAAGAUGGAUCUCUAUAGUAUAGCUUAAGGUGUUCUGGUGCUCCUUGUUUGAGUCGUAAGUGUUUUGUCGAAUUAAAUUAUUACAUAAUGAUGUAUCAGUUUCAGUAUUAUCGUGAGAUCUUCUGCAACACGGAAGUGUUUUUGCAGUAGAUUUGACAUCAGAACAAUGAUUAGCUGCACGUAUGUUCUAGUAUAUAUGUAAGUCAAGUACGACGAUAAAUGACAGAGGUUAACAUGUUACGGAACAUGAAAUAUAUAUGUUUUUAUUGAAAAAUGAAUAUUUCCCCUGUCAGAAUAUAGUAUAUACAAUAGUAAAUACAAUUGUAUGGUAUACAAUUCACCUUCCCAUUUGAAACCCCCUUCGAAAAGUGCUAACAAUCGUCAGUUUCUUAACAGAGAAAGCCAACCCUGAGAUCAUCCUAAAUUUUCAGGUCCCACAGGUGGUCAUUAUUGAUUUAUAUUAUUGGAAAAUGCAGAGUCAAGACAUUUUGAAAUCAUUUAGUCAAUCAAACUUGAAUGUAUAUUAUAUAUAUAACUAGAUUUGUGAGAUUGUGGAAUAACCUUCAUCCUGAUAUCAGAAAUUAUUUCAUUAUAUCUUUUAAUUUUGAUUUGUUCAAAUGCAAGUUAAAAAAAUAUUUUAAUGAUUUGUAAUUGUUCUUUAUUGU